ACUACCGAAUAUCCUACCAAGUUUUAUUACGCAACAACUUAUCUCCACACUGAUAAACAACUUUAUAUAACAACACCUUGAAAUCAAUAAAUUUUCAAUCAUCGUCAACCUUCAUUCAAGCAGUAAUGGUUUCAGUCUCCGUCAUUUCUAUUCUCUCUCAUCUCAUCAUCGCAUUCUUCGUUGCUUCUACUGCAAGCUUCAUUGGCGUUAAUGGCGGCCUCGAAAUUAGCAAGCAGAGAGAAUUCGAUUACUUCAAUUUAGCUCUUCAAUGGCCCGGCACCUACUGCAGGAACACUCACAAGUGCUGUAAAAAAAACGGCUGUUGCCGACGAGAUGGUCCUCCAACUCACUUCACAAUCCACGGUCUUUGGCCUGACUACAAUGAUGGAAGUUGGCCUUCUUGCUGCACUAACGCUGAUUUUGACAUAAAUGAGAUCUCAACUUUGCGCGAUGUACUAGAUGAGUAUUGGCCAUCUCUAAGCUGUGGUUCACCAUCAUCAUGUCACGGACACAAAGGAUCAUUUUGGGAGCAUGAGUGGGGAAAGCAUGGGACUUGUGCUUCUCCGGUUACAGGAGAUGAGUAUAAUUAUUUCUUGACAGUACUCAACCUCUACUUCAAAUAUAAUGUCACAGAAGUGCUGAGUGAAGCUGGAUAUGUGCCAUCAAACUCCGAAAAAUACCCUCUUGGUGGGAUUAUAUCUGCUAUUGAAAAUGCUUUCCACCAAUCACCUACGGUAGUUUGCUCGGGUGAUGCCAUUGAGGAACUUCAUUUGUGUUUUUAUAAGGAUUUCAAGCCUCGAGACUGUGCAACUCACGCUAGAGUUGAAGCAAAGGUGGGUUCUUCAAAUAAGGCUUGUCCAAAGUAUGUCAGCUUGCCAACUUACGAUUCCUUUGGGUUAACUAAAUUUGGAGCGGGGUUUAGAUCAAACUCAAUCUGAUACCGGAGCUCUGCGAGAUGCAGUUGAAAUGCCACCGAAGUGCUGAGACUAUACGCUGUAGCAUCUAAAUUCAACAGCUAAUGUCCUUGCUCGUCAUGCAGUACUUCGCAUAGGAAAUCUUGGCAACUACUACUUGUCUACUCAUAUGUCAUAUCUCAUGUGUGGCUAUGAAAUGAUGUAUAGGUUGUAGUUACAACACAUUUAUCUAGUCAAAUCUUUGUAACUUAAUGAAUAUGUUGUACAAUAAUUUGGUGCGAAUCUGAACUAUAGCAGAAUCAAAAUUUGAGCAUCAAA